UUGAAUGUUGACUAUAAUCUCUGAAGCCAUGGCUUGAGAUAUGCAUUUCAGUACAUAUUAUCUAAAUUAUGUAAAGUUUGAAUUUAAAGAACAAUUUUGAGAUGGAAGACGAAAAUCCCGAAGGCAAGUCGUUACCUCCCAUCCCUCGUGAACAAAGUGUUACUGCUAACCCAAGUAUUAAAUCUCAAAACGGAUCCACCAGAAAGGUAGCAAGCUUAACUAUGUCGCAAUCAGCCUUGCCACACGAUGAAGCAACUAAAAAAUCUAUACCUUCGAUAAGUUCACGUAUUUCAACUCAAAAACCCCCAGAGAGUCCGGUUAAAAUACCUUCAAGUCCUCCUAGAAUGGCUUUGAGUCCUCCUAGAAUAGUUAGCAGUCCUCCGAGGAUUGAAUUGAGUCCUUCGAGGAUGGUUGAGAGUUCUCCCAGAGUGGUAUAUAGUCCUCCAAGGAUUGUUUCUAAUUCUCCCAGAAAAUUUUCUAGUCCUACCCGAUUUUCUUCGAGUCCUCCCAGGAUGUCUUCCUCGAGUCCUCCCCGGAUGUCUUCCUCGAGUCCUCCCCGAAUGAACACGAGUCCUGUUCAGAUGGCCGCCAGUCCUCCGUCAUCGCUUAAAGAAUCCGACCGUGUAUCAAUUCAAAACAGUCGAAACUCUACUACUUAUUCUACCAGAAUACCAAGUCCACCAAGCCCUAAACGAUCUAGCCUAAAAGAAGAAAAUGCAGAAGGAUAUAAUAAGAUAGAAAAAUCGAGUGAAGUUAUUACACCCAUAUUAGAAGAAUUGAACCCGCCUGAAGAACAACCCCCAGCGCCAGUAAUCAGCAACAUCAAUAAAAUAGCCACAAUGAGUAAAAUAUUGACGAAAGAAGCAAAUGCUUUAAGACUGUCUAUAAAAUCUUUGACGGAAGAUAUAAAUAAAACAAAAAAGGAGCUUAAAGGGGAGUAUUCGGAGAACGUAAAUUUCCCGUACCAUUUAUUUCUUAUCGAGCUGAUUGUUAAUAAAAUUCACAUGAAAUGUGAUUGCUUUGAGUUGGAUCACAAUAAUCUUGUCAUAACGGCACAAUUUCUUGGAAAACAACCAAUAGUAUUAUAUGAUUCAAGUUAUGGAAAAAUAUUAGAUUUUAAUCAGUUGAAUGUAGGCAAGUCUGUGCUGUUUGCGAUGACAUACGAUAAAAUAUGUUCUAUUCAAGAAUUCGUCGUAAAUCUGGAAAUAACAAAACAACCUCCUUGUUCACCUUGCGUUACCAGGAUUGCCGCUACUACUUUGGAUUAUACAAAGCAGUUCAGUGAGCUAAGAGAAGAGUUGUGUAAAAAAUGGUCGGCGGAACAGCCAGCUGAUAACAUAAUGUGUACAACUUCAACACCACUCCAUAAGCAGUUUUUCUAUUUAUGCUGCGGAGACAGUAGCGAUUCGUGCGAUUCUAUUGGAAUGAUAGAAAUGACAAUGCGUAUGUCGUUCCUUGGAAAAGAAAUCACGACAGCGUUCUGUGCAUCAUCCAAGCCCAAAGGAACGUCGUCUUUCAAAAAAGAGGACAAUGGUAUGACGAUGUACUCCUGUCAAAAUGUAGAGAUGGAUGCUCAUGGCCAAGUUCUUCUAGAUGAAGACAGCAUGACUAAAACUGAAGGACAACGAAGUCUGCAAUCAAUGCCAUCAAGAAGGCCUGCUAGUCCGGCGUCGCUUAUGUCAGGCGGGCAAGUCAGUAGACCACAUCAGGGUUAUUCGAAUUACGACGAAAUAUUUACAAAGGUGAACGCAAAUGAAUUGAAAAUAAGGGUACCAAAGAGUACAAAAGUGGAUAGAAUAGCUAAAUACAAUAGGAUGCAGGAACUGUGCACGUGUGAAGAAACUCCUUAUAAUACGGGGGACCAAAUUCAAUUUGAAAUGCCGAAAGAUUACAAUUACCCAGAUAAAUCCAACAAUACGUUCACAUCAAACUUAAAAUACACUCACAAUGGAUGCAGACAUGAUCCUAAAGAUCGGAAAAUUAUCAACGUAACUCCUACGAACUGUCCCGUUCCGGUUGAUAUGCAAAAAGAAAUACACCCACAGAAAGACGUUUUUAUUCUUAAAAUUGGGAAGAAAUUGGAAACGAAAGAUAAGAAGACUGAUCUAGAAAUCGAGUUGGUCACACCGAAAGUACCCAAGGACGAAGGCAACACGAUUGGACAGCAGUGUAGUUCGACUGUCGUAAAAUCAUCUAAACUUAAGAAUAAGACAAGAAAGAAUAAGAGCAAAACAAAUUUGAAGAAGAAAAAGAGUAAAACAAAAUCUAAUAAGAAAUCAAAGAAUAAGUAAUAAAAUAUUAUAUGCAGCUAUAACAACACAACACAACAAUAUUACAGUAAAAAUAAAUGAAAUGCCUAA